AUGUCGCGCGGCGGCCAGCCAAGGGGCGGUGGUUGUUGUUGUUCUUCGGCGACGACGACGACGAAGUCUUCGGCGGCCAUGCCGCGGCUGCUGCUGCUGCUGCUGCUGCUGCUGCUGCCCCUGCUGCUGGUCGCGGGGGGCGGCGAGGCGAGGGUCGUCCGGGGGCAGGCCGACAAGAGGCGGGCGACGGCCGCCGCCGGGGGCGGAGAGGCCGACUACCCCGACUACCAGUCCGGGGUGCGCUACGACGAGUACCCGGUGGUGGUGCCCAAGAGAACCGCCAUGUUGCUGGACAAGAUCAUAGUGGCGCUGCAGAAGGCCGUGGACGAGGACAGCGCCUCGGAGAUCUCCGAGCGCCCGGACUUGCCCGACAGCACGAUGGACUUGCAGCGCCGAGGCCAGCAGAAGGGGCGCGUGUACUGGCGCUGCUACUUCAACGCGGUCACGUGCUUCAAGAGGAAGUGACGUCACACCUCCCCUGCGUACCGCCCGAAGUAAGGGCCGCUAGGCCCCGCCUUCGUCGGCGAACGAAACUGAUGUUCGCCCCCUCCUUAAACCACCUUUCAUCAAAUAAAUAAAAUAAACUACUGUAUGCGUUCAGUGUGCUCCUUAGAGCCUCCCAGUCAGCAGUGAAAGAAAAAUGCAUAGCUAAUUUGUCGCCUAUUAUCUCCCGUUCGUGUUACGCAAAUGCUGUGUUUU